GGAGCGGAGGAGAGGUGGAAAGCGGGUGGGAGAACUGGGUGUUCGUUCGCCUCCGGUAUUCAUUUGCUCCCUGAAAACCUUCCCUGAAAGACCACUGAGCAAAAGACCACUUUGAUCUCAAAGGAACCAAAGUCCAGUUGAAACCAUGCGGAAACAGAACCUGAGCUUGGACCAAGGCAGUUGAAGCCUUUGGCCUUCUUCCUGGAGCACCUUCUUGGAUGGUGGCACGCAGAAGAUGCCUCACAGUGAGAUUAUGAACCUCUCCACUUUCCCACUGUCUCCCAAUCACACCCAGGAACCUACAAUGCCUUCCUCAGGAGGUGGCUACUCCUUAUGGGAGAUAGCGCUGAUCGUUUUAAUCACCGGGAUCCUCUCCUUGGUCACCGUGGUGGGGAACCUCCUGGUGAUGAUCUCCUUCAAGGUCAACCGGGAGCUGAAGACCGUCAACAACUACUUCUUGCUCAGCUUAGCUGCUGCCGAUCUCAUCAUUGGCACCAUCUCCAUGAACCUGUACACAACCUACAUCGUCAUGGGCCAGUGGGUUAUGGGUUCCUUGGCCUGUGACUUGUGGUUGGCCCUGGACUACGUAGCCAGCAACGCCUCUGUCAUGAGCCUCUUGCUCAUCAGCUUCGACCGCUAUUUCUCUAUCACCCGGCCUCUCACCUAUAGGGCCAAGCGGACCCCCAAGCGGGCUGCGGUGAUGAUCAGCAUUGCAUGGCUGAUCUCCUUCAUCCUCUGGGCCCCGGCCAUCUUGUUCUGGCAGAAAUUUGUCGGGGAACGGACGGUGGCCGAACACGAGUGCUACAUCCAGUUCUUCUCGGAGCCCAUCAUCACUUUUGGAACCGCCAUUGCUGCCUUCUACCUUCCGGUCACCAUAAUGGUGGUGCUCUACUGGAGGAUCUACCAAGAGACACAGAAGCGAGCCAAGGAACUGUGUGGACUCCAGGGCUCAGAAUUCAAUAAGAACUUAGAGGUGGCAUCUAGAACAACCAGGAAUGGAGGAAGUGGAAGUAGCAGCAGCUCAGAGCCUUCCCAAGCUCUUGCUCUUUCUUCAGUGGCUGGAGAACGUCCUCUGCAACGGUGCUGCUUUGCUGGGCCAAAAACGGAGGAUCUCUACAUGGAUCAGAGCAGCAAUGGCAGCUGGAACACCACCGAGGAUGAAGAGGCUGGUGAAGCUUCUGCUGACUCCUUGACGUCGUCUGAAGGUGAGCAGCAGCCUUUCGAGCUCCACAACGUCUGCUCUGCUGUUAUUCGUCUCCCCAUGAUUGGCACCAUCAUGCAGCCCCCCAAAGAAAUGCAGCACAAGGACCCCAAGAUGGCAACUGGAAUGGACUGGGUGGAAGGCAAGGUCUUUGUCGUGAUCCCAAAACAACCUCUAGGCCUGGACAAGAGACUCAAGAAAGUGGCCUUAAUGGAGAAGGCCCCAGAAAUGGCCAAGAACCAAGUCAUGGUGCCAGGCAAGAGGAGGAGGAGGAGGAGGAAGAGGAGGAGCCUCUCCAAGCGGAAAACCCUAUCACUGAUGAAGGAGAAGAAGGCGGCCCGGACACUCAGCGCGAUCCUGUUGGCCUUCCUGAUCACUUGGACGCCCUACAACAUCAUGGUGCUCGUCUCCACCUUCUGCGAGGGGUGCAUCCCUCAGAGCCUUUGGGAGCUGGGCUAUUGGCUGUGUUACGUCAACAGCACCGUCAACCCCAUGUGCUACGCCCUGUGCAACAGGUCCUUCCGCACCACUUUCCGGAGGUUGCUGCUGUGCCGUGGGGGUCAACGCCACUGAAAGAAGGGGUCAAAGAAUCAAUGGGAAAAUGAACAAUAUUCUGGGCUUAGAACCAUGUUGGCAAGCCUAGAACCAUGUUGGCAAACCUAGAACCAUGGUGGCAAACCUAGACUCAUGUUGGCAAGCCUAGAACCAUGUUGGCAAGCCUAGAAUCACAUUGGCAAGCCUAGAAUCAUGCUGGCAAUCCUAGAACCAUGGUGGCAAACCUAGACUCACAUUGGCAAGCCUAGAACCACGUUGGCAAGCCUAGAGUCAUGUUGACAAGCCUAGAACCAUGUUGUCAAGCCUAGAAUCGCAUUGAUAAGCCUAGAACCAUGUUGGCAAGCCUAGAACCAUGUUGAUAAGCCUAGAACCGUGUUCAACUUAAACUCGCCCCUUCCUUUGGAUAAGUCAGUCUGAAUAAGCAAGUAUGCACAGACAUGUAAGAAAUGGAGAAGAGGAAGAGAAGAGAUAGGCUAUUAACACAACUUCAUUCUUGGUGGGCUGCUAUGGCCCAUUGCUCUACUGCUGUCACCAUGAUGUUUAGGUUAUUGCUUGAAGCGGUUCCAGGAGCAACAAACUGUGGCAAAAUGGUGGGAAUGUCCCCAAGCCAAGCUUAAUAUUAUCUUUUCUUGCUAACAUGCUUGCCAAUGUCCUAAGCUGUCAAUCGGAACUAAAGAUCAAGUUGAAAUUCUGGUGGGCCACCAUGUUCAUCCAGCCAUGUUCCUCUCUCAAAUCCAACUCUGGAUGUACAAGAGAUAUUUUGGAAGCUCCAGUCCCUUAGAAUUAUGGAUUUGGAAAGGAUGUCAACAGCCUUCUAGUCCAACAAAUGUGCAGGAAAUCCAUGACGAAAUCAUCCCUGGCAUUGGUUAUCUAACCUUUUUUUCGACCUCCAAUGAGACUUCACCACUGAGGCUUUAAUGUGGUUUGUAAAGUUUACACCUUCGAUUCAGGAAAACUUAGCAAUGACUUCUCUGCUUGACAUCCUGGAGAGGUACUCUCACUAGUCAUGCUUACUCUGCAAUAAAUUUUAUAAAUAUUGA